UAGAAACCACAUCUCAGUAGGGGAGGGAGACUGGGCUGUCUGGGGCUGGAACCGCGAAGCUGCUCUGGCUCUGCAGCUGCCCGGGGUGUUCCAAAUAACCCCAUGUAAAUCUUUGGAGAAUGCUGUAGGCUGUUGAAGUUGUUGUAAGAAAUCUUCCUGGAAACAACAUUUUGCCAUUUCAUUCAAUGCCUAACAUUGUAGACACAGAAAGAUCAAAUGAUUCUGGAAACAGUGACCUUAAUAAGCCUGAAAGAAAGUCUCCAGAGCAGAAUUUGAAAGUUGCCGUCAAAUCCUUCUGCUCCCCGGAUGCCGCAACAGCACCAUUGGGUUCUGGUGGAGAUGGUCGCUAUCCGUGGAGUUGUCCAGUGACUCAUACUCGGGAAAAAAUCUAUGCCAUCUGCUCAGACUAUGCCUUUCUCAACCAGGCAACCUCAAGCUAUAAAACUCCAAAUUCUACUCUUUCUUCUUGCCUUGCCAAUAGCACUUCUGUAACUGUUGGAAAUAAUUCAGCCAGAUAUGUUGGUAUCCCAACUAGUUCCUCAGAGAUCAUCUACAAUGAAGAUAGUAACUUGGAAAGUUUAUCUAAUAGUUUUGGCAAGCUGCCACUUGCCUGGGAAAUCGAUAAGUCUGAAUUUAAUGGAGUGACUGCAAACUUGAAAAAUAAAUCAGGCAAUGUGAAGAAACAAGUUUCCAAAAAAAAGACUUCAGAAAAAAAGGGAAAACAUAACAAGGAGUGUCCUCAGUAUUCUACUCUUGAAGAUAUUAAACAGCGGAAAGUAUUAGACCUCAGGCGAUGGUACUGUAUCAGUCGACCUCAGUAUAAGACCUCCUGUGGUAUCUCCUCAUUGAUAUCUUGUUGGAAUUUCUUGUAUAGCACAAUGGGAGCUGGAAACCUUCCACCUGUUACUCAAGAAGAGGCUUUACACAUUUUGGGCUUUCAACCCCCAUUUGAAGAUAUUCGGUUUGGUCCUUUUACUGGAAAUACCACAUUAAUGAGAUGGUUUAGACAAAUUAAUGACCACUUCCAUGUAAAAGGCUGUUCUUAUGUUCUCUAUAAACCUCAUGGAAAGAAUAAAACAGCAGGAGAAACUGAACUCCUAGUAGAAGGGAGCAUGGUACAAUCUUUGUGGAAGGAGAUCCUCACUAAUAGAUCUUGGAAGUAUUGGAGGGAGUAUGUGAUGCUCCAUAUCAUUUCUACUUUGAUGAACUGUCAUGGAGGUCAGGUGACCCUGUGUCUCAAAGACUAUGCCAACCAAGUUAAAGCUCCAGCAGGUGCUACAAAGUUGGAAAGACUGACUAUAGGACUGGUGAUGGACUGUAUGUCAUUAAUCCCAGGAUCUGCUUCAGGGGCAUUAUCAAAAUUAACACAUGGACUGAAAGAUGAAUCACUGGCUUACAUUUACCAUUGUCAGAAUCAUUACUUUUGUCCAAUUGGAUUUGAAGCAACACCAAUUAAAGCCAAUAAAGCAUACAGCAGGAGUCAUUUGUUGCAGCAAGAAGUAGAAUAUUGGAUCUUAAUUGGAGAGCCAAGUAGAAAACAUCCUACCAUUCACUGUAAAAAAUGGGCAGACAUUGUUGUUGACCUUAACACUCAAAAUCCAGAAUACCUCGAUAUUCGACACCUAGAAAGGGGACUACAGUAUAGAAAAACAAAGAAGGUAGGGGGGAAUCUACAUUGCAUCAUAGCCUUUCAGAGACUUAAUUGGCAAAGAUUUGGCCUUUGGAACUUCCCAUUUGGAAAUAUCCGACAAGAAACACAACCUCCAGCACAUACACUUGCCAAAUCUGAGAGUGAAGACAACAUCUCUAAGAAGUGUCAUGGGCGUCUGGGCCGAUCUUUGAGUGCUAGUUUUCAUCAGGAGUCAGCGUGGAAAAAGAUGUCUAGUAUUAAUGAAAGAAGAAAUAGUGCCUAUUUGGGUUAUAGUGAUUAUGAUGGAAAUGAUUAAAUGGGUGGGUACUGCACAGUGUGUAUGAAAACCUGGAGUAGGACAUGCAGUAGUAGGGAGUUUUACUAAGCUUGUGUUAUAUAUGAAUAGAUCUCAUCAUGUGGGAUAAAACACGGUCUUGUAGUUUCUCAUUACCUAAGCUUGUAUAUGAUUCUGAUGGGUAAUCUCAGAUAUGUGAACAGAUAAGCACAGAGUAUUGAUCUUGUAAAAUUAAGGAAAAUAAGCAAUCAAAAUUGGAAAGCAAUUUCUUUUUUAAAACCAAAAUCAAACUGUGAUUACUUUCUAAACAUGUUGAAGAUAAAGUAUGUUUAACAGAAUCAAGAUAUGAACUACUUAACCAAGCAUGAAAUUUUAAAAUAACUUUUCUCAGAUGAACGUGGAAGAUUAUUCUGCAUUUAAGAUUAAAAUGUAGGUCUUCAUCAUCCCUUUUAAAAAGGGUAACUGAUACAGCUACCAAUUAUUAAUUUCAGCUAAGGUAUAUAAUGAUAAAGGGUCAUCUGAAAUUGUCCACUGUGCUUUGGUAGCUCUCUAUACAAUUAUCAGUACCACUACACUUGACUUUUUGCUUGUUGACCUUUAUCAGAAAUCUCAAACAUUUGCGAACUGAGUAUACCAUCUACUGGUUGUAGGUAAUUUAGUUCAUUGACUCAAUAUACUCUUGCUUUUUUUGACCUGGUAAAUUUCUGUAAAACAUAGAUUAGAAAUCUGGGUCCUAUUUGUAAUCUGUGGAGCUUAUAGGUUUUUAAAUUUAAUUUGGGGGAGGGAUGGGUUAGGUGUCUGGACCUUCAAACUACUACAUAGUGAUAUGGAAUGGGAUCUCCUAGGACCUGAUUAGUCCCACUAUAGGAUGGAGGCAUAAGUUAAUAUAAACAUUAAGGAAUCUUUAAGCCACUGAGUACAAUCAGGCUGAUGCUUUAAUUGUCUGUCUGAUUCAGUCUUACUGUAAGAUCCAUGAAUCUACUGCUGAAUCCCUAAAUCCUAUCCACAUAAUCAGUUGAUACAUAAAGCAAGUGUUAAAGACAAAACAAAACAAAACACCCAACAAAACCUGAAGGGUGGAUUUCACAUGUUGAACUCUACUCUCACUGUGGAAAUUCUGAACCCUACUCUCAUUGCUGCCAAUUUGUGAAUUAUAGAAGCUGGGGUUUUCUUGCUCUUCUUUCCUUUCAAGGGUCUUUUGGGGGUAUUCAAACAAAUACCUUCAUUAUUGCAAAGUAGUGAGACUUUGGCAGUUCCUCUGAAAUAUACCUCUAGUAAAAGGUGGUUCCUAGUUUUUUUUUAAUUCCAUAUCGAUUAUCCACUUGAAUAAUCUACUAAUGAGAACAUGGUAAUAGGAUGCUCUUUUUUUUGUUUUCCUAAAGGGAACACUAAACCUAUGUUUAAAUAAAAGGGGUUAGGAUUUGUAGGUUGCUGACUUUGUUAACUAAUACUGGAACUUUUAGAAAAUUUGUUCUUUAAAUAAAGUUUUUUUUUAACUUUUA